ACGCCCUGUCUGUCUGGCUAAGCCCGUGGAUUUUCCCGAGAAAAUUGCCCAAAACCGUGAAUUUUUCAACGAAAAUAGCCCAAAGGUGGUCAUAGAUCCUCAGAACAACGGAGCACUAAUUUAAAGAAUAGGCUGUCAUCAGAUCUAUUGAGCUGAAGGCAUCAUCACUUCAAUCUGAUAUCUGGUUGGUAAUAAAUGGGUACAUCAGAAGCAGUUCUACAUGUUCUAUCAGGGGCAGCGCCUCCGUUACAUUAUAUGGGUUCAUGUUUUGAGAAGUCAAAUUCAUUGCUUUUCUCUACAAACCAUGUAAAUAGUAGAAUGGAAAAAGAUUAUGCAUGUACCCGAAUUAAGUAUUCAAGGACUCUUCGAAGUUGCAAAAGGUUCUAUGCAAUUCAUAGUGUAGAUAGUAUUUACCGCAGAGGGAACCUAAAUGGCCGGGAGGAGUCUUCUAGUUGCAAAUGCCGACAGACUGAAAAUAUUAGUGAGUCAAUUGCUGAAGAAGGAAAUGGAAAGUGGAUUAAUGGAAUCUCCAAUGUUGCAGAUGUUCAAAACUUCGAGGCUGCUCGACCAUUGAAAAAUGAAAAUGGAGGCCUCGUAUCUAGUAGGGAUUUGGCUACAGCUGGAACAACUAGCAAGACACUUCGUGAGGUUGGCAUAGAUUCCAUUGAGGACGAAGCAUGGAACCUGUUACGAGCAUCCAUGGUUUAUUAUUGUGGUAAUCCUGUUGGAACGAUUGCUGCUAAUGAUUCAAGUGACUCCAACACUCUUAACUAUGAUCAAGUCUUCAUCCGUGACUUCAUACCUUCUGGAAUAGCUUUCCUUUUGAAAGGAGAGUAUGAUAUUGUACGGAACUUCAUUCUUCACACCCUUCAGUUGCAGAGUUGGGAGAAAACGAUUGAUUGCCAUAGUCCUGGUCAAGGAUUAAUGCCUGCCAGCUUCAAGGUGCGCACUGUUCCACUUGAUGGUGAUGAAUCUGCAACUGAAGAGGUGUUAGAUCCUGACUUUGGUGAGGCAGCAAUUGGUCGUGUUGCGCCAGUUGAUUCUGGAUUGUGGUGGAUUAUACUGUUACGGGCGUAUGGGAAAUGCUCUGGAGACCUUUCUGUGCAGGAGAGGGUUGACGUGCAAACUGGAAUUAAGAUGAUUCUGAAGCUAUGUCUUACUGAUGGUUUUGAUAUGUUUCCAACUUUGUUGGUAACAGAUGGUUCUUGCAUGAUAGAUCGCCGCAUGGGAAUUCAUGGUCAUCCCCUGGAAAUUCAGGCAUUGUUCUAUUCUGCCUUACUUUGUGCACGUGAGAUGCUUGCUCCUGAGGAGGGAUCAGUUGACCUUAUCAGAGCACUUAACAAUCGUCUAGUUGCAUUGUCGUUCCACAUCAGGGAGUACUACUGGAUCGAUAUGAAAAAACUCAAUGAAAUCUACCGUUACAAGACAGAGGAAUACUCAUAUGAUGCAGUUAACAAGUUCAAUAUCUAUCCAGAUCAGAUUCCUCCAUGGUUGGUGGAAUGGAUGCCCAAUAAAGGAGGCUACCUGAUUGGAAACCUGCAGCCAGCUCACAUGGACUUUCGUUUCUUUUCUCUAGGAAACUUAUGGUCGAUUAUAAGUAGUCUUGCAACAACAGAUCAGUCACAUGCCAUAUUAGAUCUUUUUGAAGCAAAGUGGGCAGAUUUGGUGGCUGAUAUGCCACUGAAGAUAUGUUAUCCUGCUCUCGAGGGACAGGAAUGGCGGAUCAUUACAGGAAGUGAUCCCAAGAACACGCCAUGGUCUUACCACAAUGCAGGUUCUUGGCCCACUUUGCUCUGGCAGCUUACUGUGGCAAGCAUAAAGAUGAAAAGACCCUGGAUUGCUGAAAAUGCUGUGAAGAUUGCUGAGAGGCACAUAUCUAGAGACAAGUGGCCAGAGUAUUAUGACACUAAGCGAGCAAGAUUUAUUGGAAAACAGGCACGCCUAUUUCAAACCUGGUCAAUCGCAGGAUAUCUUGUGGCGAAGCUCCUCCUUGCCAACCCAAAUGCAGCAAACAUCCUGGUAAAUUUAGAAGAUUCAGAGCUUGUAAGUGCAUUUUCUUGCAUGCUCAGUGCUAAUCCAAGGAGAAAGCGUUCCCGGAAGGGACUGAAACAGAGCUACAUAAUAUGAUUUUAUGAUGCAAAGCUUUGAGAUGCCUUGUAUAUGUGAGAAUCAGCUGAUUUUCAAAGCAGCUUGCCAUGGUGUUACUACGAUGGAGAGAGUAUACGUCACAAUUCCCAAUUAAAAGGAAGGUAAUGAAGUGGGAGCAUUGUACACGCCGGUUCAGUCUGGUAUCAUCAUUUCUUUAUUUUUUCCCUUUUGGUGUAUUAAAAUUUUCAGUUGAUGUAUAGAUAAAAUACUCCAUAGUAACUUCAGAAAUGGUAGUCAAUGGCUUUUCUUCUGUAUGGAGAUACAUAUUUCUUUAAUAGUCUACAUAUCUACACGCAUUAUGGACUUUAAUGGAGGAUCCAAAGU